ACGACUUACUUUGACCAUUUAACUCACUUCUUUCCAAUUGUUAUUUUUAAACAUCUUUUCGGCUUCUAUGGAAUUUGUAUUAUAGAAUCUACUCAUAUUUUGUCAGUCUUGGCUUGAAGCCAAAACCAAUUCCUUCAAGAUGGGCCUCAUUUCAUUCAUUACUGGCUACAUCGCCCCUAUGUUUAUCAUAAUAUCUCCCAUAACUUCAUAUGCGGAUCAGACGUACUCGAUACAUCGGAGUAAAUCCAGCGCGGGGUUUUCUCUAGAUAUUCCUUUGAUCAUGCUUGUUGCGUCGUUUUUAAGGUAUGCCAUAUUGCAAUGAACAUGGGGAAACUUGGUGCUAAUCUUCUUUAUUGUAGAGUUUUCUACUAUCCGGGGGCCCAAUUCGAUACCUCCUUGUUGAUACAGUCGUUCAUUAUGAUUACGAUGCAGACUAUGCUAUUGAAAGUUGCGCUGGAUCAUCGACCGUCGCCGUCGUCAAAAGGGGGAGAUGCUGCUGUGCCAUUUGCUGGGCAUAGGGAAGGAGAUUUUGGAGGGUCAAGACCAUAUAACUUCUGGCAAUGGCGUUCCCCGAAACCGUACGAAUUUUCUCACAUAUUUCUCACAAAAUCUUCCAAAAUGCUAACGAACAAACUCGCAGUUAUUGGCAGUUCCUCCUUUACUUGUUCAUAGCCCUCAUCGCAUGCGAAUUAAUCCUCUCUCCAGCUCCAUGGUUCUAUUCCGUCUACUCCGACGCAAUCGGCUACAUUGGUCUUGGUGUAGAAGCAACACUUCCAAUCCCACAAAUCAUUGCCAACCACAAAUCUCGAUCGUGCAAAGGUUUUCGCUUUUCUGUCAUGGCCAGCUGGAUUGCUGGUGAUAUAAUGAAGAUGUUCUGGUUUUUUACUGCUACAAGUGCUAUACCAUGGGCCUUCAAACUUUGUGGCAUGUUCCAGAUGUGUUGCGAUUUGUUCUUGGGUUUGCAAUUUUGGAUGUAUGGAGAUGGGGAUGGAAAUAAGAAAAAUGAUGGCUAUAGGACGCCACUCGGAGAGAAAGAUGCUCGGCUAUCAUGAUAGAGUAGCCGAGAAUCAAAUCAGGACUUGUUGAUGGAUGAGCGAAACAAACAAAUGAAAUCAAAGAUGAACAUAAUGGAGGUUCUAAUCGGACUACAUAAUGAAGUUGUAAAAUUUCAGAUACACUGUUGACAUAUUAGAAAGAUGUUAAUUGUAUAUAGAAAUUCAAUAAGACACCCUCAUCGAGAGACAAUGCCUUCUGCUUGAUGCAAUACGGGGU